GUGCGCGGUGGGGGGGGGGGAGACCCCGGGGAGGGCCGGGGCGGGUCAUGGCGGGCGGCGGGGGGCUGCGGGCGGCGGUGGCCGCCCUGGUGCUGGCGGCGUGGGGCGCCCACGGGCUCUACUUCCACAUCGGCGAGACCGAGAAGCGCUGCUUCAUCGAGGAGAUCCCGGACGAGACCAUGGUCAUCGGGAACUACCGCACGCAGCUGUGGGACAAGCAGUCCGAGGCCUUCCUGCCCUCCACGCCGGGGCUGGGCAUGCACGUGGAGGUGAAGGACCCCGACGGCAAGGUGGUGUUGUCGCGGCAGUACGGCUCCGAGGGCCGCUUCACCUUCACCUCGCACACGCCGGGCGAGCACCAGAUCUGCCUGCACUCCAACUCCACCCGCAUGGCGCUCUUCGCCGGCGGCAAGCUGCGGGUGCACCUGGACAUCCAGGUGGGCGAGCACACCAACAACUACCCCGAGAUCGCCGCCAAGGACAAGCUGACGGAGCUGCAGCUCCGCGCCCGGCAGCUCCUCGACCAGGUGGAGCAGAUCCAGAAGGAGCAGAACUACCAGAGGUACCGCGAGGAGCGGUUCCGCAUGACGAGCGAGAGCACCAACCAGCGCGUGCUGUGGUGGUCCAUCGCCCAGACCGGCAUCCUCAUCCUCACCGGCAUCUGGCAGAUGCGGCACCUCAAGAGCUUCUUCGAGGCCAAGAAGCUGGUGUAGCCACCCCAAAGCCCUGGGGGGGCCACCCCAAACCCCGGGGGUUUCCCCCAAACCCAGGGAGACACGGCCCUACAAGCCCCCGCGGAACGCCAGGGGGCUGGAGGGGGCUGGGGGCGCGCUGCCCGCACCCGGUGCGGGGGUUUUUUGGGAUCAAUAAAGGCUGUGGGGUCCCUGGG